CGUGGCUAAGCGGAACUAUCCGUUCUUUCUUUGCUUCCCAUUCCGAAUUCUGAAUUUCAUUCGCAUUUGGCAUCAAAAUCAAUGGCUACCACUGCCACUGCCACUGCCACUCCCACUCUCUCCUUCCACUUUCCCUCCCCAACCCUCUCUUCGCCCUCUUCACCUUCCCUAUUCAAACCCUACACCGUUGCUUCCCGCCAAAACCUCUCCUUCGCCACCACCUCCUUCGCUUUCACCAACUCCACCUCUCCUACUUUUCUCGCCAAGGCUUCUCCCAACUCGCUCCCUCCUUACAACGUUUUGAUCACUGGCUCUACCAAAGGAAUAGGGUAUGCUUUGGCGAAAGAGUUUCUAAAAGCUGGUGACAAUGUUGUGGUUUGCUCGAGAUCAGUUGAAAGGGUAGAGACAGCUGUCCAGAGCUUGAAAGUAGAAUUUGGGGAGCAGCAUGUGUGGGGAACUGCAUGUGAUGUGAGAAAUGCAGAGGAUGUGAAGAAUUUAGUUUCAUUUGCUCGAGAAAAGUUGAAAUACAUUGAUAUAUGGAUCAACAACGCUGGAUCAAAUGCAUAUAGCUAUAAGCCACUUGUUGAGGCUUCAGAUGAAGAUCUUGUUGAGGUUGUUACAACAAAUACACUUGGCUUGAUGAUAUGUUGUCGAGAGGCAAUUAAGAUGAUGGUGAGCCAGCCUCGUGGAGGUCAUAUUUUCAAUAUUGAUGGAGCAGGUUCAGAUGGAAGACCAACUCCCAGGUUUGCUGCAUAUGGAGCAACAAAGAGAAGUGUGGUGCAUUUAACAAAGUCAUUACAGGCAGAAUUGCAGAUGCAAGAUGUUAAAAAUGUGGUGGUGCAUAAUCUUUCGCCAGGAAUGGUUACAACGGAUCUUCUCAUGUCUGGUGUUAAUACAAAGCAGGCAAAGUUUUUCAUCAAUGUCUUGGCUGAACCAGCCGAAGUGGUUGCAGAAUACUUGGUUCCAAAUAUAAGAUCCAUCCCUGCUAAUGGAUCAAUGAAGCCAACAUACAUUAAAUUUCUCACUGGUUUGAAAGCCUAUUCGCAGAUAUUUUCAAGAUUGGCAUUCGGCGCAAGAAGGAACCGAUACAUUCUUGAAGAUUAAACUGCAUAAAAAAUUGUGCCAUGUGCAACUUUUAUUUAUUUUAUAAAUAUCUAUUCACCCCCCUCCAUUUUUGUCGAAACUUUUUAUGACAUUUUUUUCCUUUCUAUAAUUCCUCUCACGGUGAAACUAAAAUCUACAAAUUUAAGGGUAGAUAUAGCUAAUAAAGUAACUAGGUUAGAGCUGCCUUUAAGUAAUGAA